GCUGGGCUGCUAAGCCGGGCCCCGCCCGGGGGCUGAGGAGAAGGGCGCGCAGCGGGACACUAAGCGGCGGCCUAGGUGGCGCUUUCACUGAAUUAGCGAUCUGGGCUCGGAAGUGUGACCCGCCCUGAACGUAGCUCGGCUGCGGUGCAGUAAACACGGGCACCUCCUGGAGCUGUUCCACAGUCCGGCGUCUUGCACAGUUCAGGGCACUAUGUCCCAGAUAAAAACAGAAGAUGAACUGAUCCUUUUUGAAAAAGAGAUCAAAGAAUUUUGGACGAAAUUCAAAAGCAUUUGUGGUAGUGAAUACGCCAACCAGACUUUAGGACUAAGAGAAUCAUGCAAGGAGUCCAUAAAAGCACUCUCAGAGAAGUGGUCCAAGAAAUUAAAAGAAGGGGAUCUAAUGAUUGACAAAAUUCAGGAAUACAGAAAUGAGAUCCUCCAGCAGAACAUAUGCAUUGAAGAAAAGCAAGAGAACUUAACUGAAAUUAAUUCCAAAAUAAAGCACGAAGAAGAACAAAAUAGAGACUUUAUUGAUCGCAUCAAAGAGCUUAAGGAAGAGUUGACCAGAAAAAAGGAAAUUAUAUCUGCUAAAAACAAGGCCACCAAAGAGAGGCUGGAAAGAUUGAAUAAGUCUAAAGAACUGUUUGAAGAGCGGCUUGGGCUAGAAAUACGCAGAAUUUUUGAUGAACAGUUGCAGUUUAUAUUUCGAUGUAUUGACCACAAAGAUCCUGACAAGCCAUUCACGUUUACUCUCUCUAUAAACGAACAGGGAGACUAUGAAGUGACAAGCAGCUCUCCUCCUCUGGAUUGUAUAGCAGAACUCCAGCUAAAAGUGAGAGAAACCAACAAUUUUGCUGCAUUUAUUGCCAACAUCAGAAAAGCUUUUACAGCUUUGUCUUAUAAGUAAUCUGCAACUAUAUGUAAAAUUGGCUUCAUACCUCUCUUCCUGUCCCUGCAUGCAUUCCGUGCUUUUCCUUUUUGUAUUAACACAACAGUGGAGUGAAAAGUAAUAUUUGUCUGUUUUAAUAUUCCAUUUUCUAAAUAAAGAAAAAUGGUGAAAUGUU